AUGAAUGGUGUUACUUCACUAAAUGUCUUUUUUUUUGGAAUACAGGUCCUCAAACAAUACAAACACGUAGACUUCAUUAUCCUGCUUAAACAAUUUGAACAGAAUGGCGUUUUGAAAAAUUCACAGAAAAUCAAGCUUAGUAAGCUUAUAAUACAGAUUUUACUGAAAGAUGACCUAAAAUUGGAGUUAAAUCGAUAUGAUUUUUCUUAUAUCGCUUCUGUUAUAAGCGAAGUGUUCACUUCAGAGGAAAAAGAAGAAUACUAUAACCCUGCAAUUAAUGGUCAAAAGGCAUCCGGCAAAUUAUAUGACGCGUUUUCUAACUAUAGAAACAUCCUAUCAACCUCCGGUCUUAUUUCCAGGAGAUCAAAAUGCUUAAAAAAAGAUUUGAACUCAACAAAAGAUUUGAACUCAACAAUAGUAAAUUCUUCCGACGACGACUGCGAGGCUUAUAGAUUUAUCCAAGAGUUUAUUGAACCGUUCGAUAAAAUCAUUGAAAAUUGGAAAAUUUGUUUUGCAAUAAGAUGGGAAAUUUUGCAGGACAAUCAAAUUGAAACUGCUGCGUACCUGGCUAAAUUUCCAAUAUUUACACUUAACAACAGCAAUAUUUUCAAAUUGUUUUUUGAAGACGCAAAGAUUUUACAUCCGGACAUAAACUUAAAUUUGGAUUGGGUAAUCUACAGCAGUAUUUUGGAAAAGGGUAGUCAUUUAAAGGAGCCAUUAGUUAAAAAGUGGAUUUCUGAAAGCUUAAGCUGUACCGAAGAAAAUAAAAAAGCUAUCAGCCUUCUAGUACUGCCGUAUUUAUUCCCCUCAACGAAAAUAAAGGCCCGUAGAGGGAAGCAUAGUUUCAAAGCUUCGAGGCUUGAAAUUCAAGAAAAAUUUAUUCUUUAUUUUGAAGUGAGUACUGUUUGAAUACUAAUAA